AUGCCACUCUGUCUCACCUUCAUCGACUUGAAGAAGGCCUUCGACUCAGUUGAGACGGAAGCGGUCAUGGAGGCCUUGGACAACCAGGGUGUCCCUACUCUGUAUAUAAAGGUACUUCGAGAGUUGCACAAUAAAUUCACGACCGGGAUUUCGCCAUUCUACAAGAACAUCAUCAUUGACGUGAAGAGGGAGGUCCGACAGGGUGAUACAAUUUCACCCAAAAUAUUCACAGCCACCAUCGAGAACGCAAUGCGAAAGUUGGAAUGGGACGACAUGGGAGUGAAGGUUGAUGGUCGACAGCUACACCAUUUGCGCUUCGCUGAUGACAUCGUACUGAUAAUACCUAUCGGCCAAGCGGAACGAAUGCUGAAUGCUGACCGAAUUCGACGAAACAUGCAUCGGUCUUCGGCUGAAUCCACAAAUGACGACGUUCAUGCGGAACGGAUGGAUCUCGGAUGCCCCAUUCACGCUCAACGGAACGAACAUAUCCGAAUGCACCAGCUACGUUUAUCUGGGUUGAAAAAUAAACAUGAAGAACGACCUGACCCUCGAGCUGGGCAGGAGAAGAGGCUUGGGGAGCGUACAAGAGCAUCGAGGAUGUAG